CACAUCCAUAUUCUACCACUGCAUUCUCCGUGUUCCUUUCCGACUGGUUCUUUGCCUGUAGUUCAACCAGGACCCUAUAUAUUGCAUACAGUCUGUACAUAUAGUUCUAUGUCGUACAUACUCCAUGACCCACCCCAAUCCCCCCAAAUCAGCCCACUGGGACAGUAAAGUCUGAUAAUUUCCAGCAAAUACCCACCAGUAGAGCACCAAUGCAUGUGUCGCCAGUGACCUGCAUGCUCACGGCACUGUCUCAAUGGUUUAAGCUCUCCCGCACGUGCGGACGUGUUCACCACCUCCGCAAUACGGCGCUUGUGAUUGGCCAUAUCACCAGCUGCACGAUAAGCGAAAGACUAAGCCCAACCUUAAACAUCUAUGACAGCAUCCAUUCCGUUCAUUGUUUAGACCAGGCACCGUAAAUUCCAUUGGCCAUCUUCUUCGCACCGUCUAGCUCAAACAUCUCAUCAACUACCUUGAUCAGCACAAAAGCUUCCAGUAUGCCAAAGCCUAGAGUGAUAUAUUGGUUCCGUACCGACCUGCGCCUUCACGAUUCCCCAGCAUUGGCCGCUGCUCUCGAAUUGAAGCCCUCUUGUCUUUAUCCAAUCUGGACUUGGGACCCACAUUACGUCUACCGUGCACGAGUUGGCCCCAACCGAUGGCAGUUCUUGCUGGACUGUCAAGAGGAUCUUUCCAAGUCCAUCACCAAGCUGAACCCCAAAUCCAAGUUGUUCCUUAUCAGAGAGGCUCCGCAGACUCUUUUUCCGAAGCUGUUCAAGGAAUGGAAAAUCACGCAUCUGGUUUUCGAGAAAGAUACGGAUGCUUAUGCCCGACAAAGGGACGAGGCGGUAAUGCAGAUCGCGAAGAAGGCCGGCGUAGAGGUCAUCGUCAAAGUAGGCCGGACGUUGUAUGAUCCAGAUGAAUUGGUCAAGCAAAAUAAGGGAAAGUCAACCAUGAGCAUCGCCCAGGUGCAAUCUGCUGGAGCUAAGAUUGGAAAUAUUCCACGACCGAUUCCAUCCCCUACGUCUCUUCCUGAUCCAGGCGACCUCUCCUUAUCAUUUUCUCCUGAACGCCCCGAAGAGACGCCAGAUUUCAAUGCGUCACAUCGCGAAUCACAAGACAAAUCCUAUCAGGAACUCUCGGGCCCUAAUAAUGAUUUCGCUAUCCCCACUCUCUCCGAACUUGGUAUCAAGCCAGCAACAUCACCACAUCGCGGAGGUGAGACACUGGCUCUUAGCGCACUCUCUUCCAUUCUUUCAGACGUUGCAUAUACAGCAACCUUCGAAAAGCCCAAAACAGCACCCACAGAUUUCUCGCCGCAAUCUACCACUCUACUGAGUCCACACCUGCACUUCGGCAGCCUCAGCGUGCGAGAGUUUUACUGGCGCGUACAAGAUAUAGUAACGUCGUUCAAAAGCAAAGGAAAGAAACCGUCUGAACCCCCAACAAGUCUCACAGGUCAACUGUUAUUCCGCGAUAUGUACUUCGGCGCACAAGCAGCACAAGGCUAUGCUUUUGCACAAACUUACAACAACUCGAACAUUCGCUUCAUUCCCUGGCAUCUACCAUCUACCAUCUCUCCAGAUAACUCUCUCAUUACGGGAUCCUACCAUGUCGAUGACGCGCAGGCCGAAUCAUACUUCAGGCGCUGGAAAUCUGGGACCACCGGCUUCCCUUUCGUCGACGCGCUGAUGCGCCAACUCCGCCUUGAAGGCUGGAUUCACCAUCUUGGUAGGCACAUGGUCGCGUGCUUCCUAACAAGAGGAGGUUGUUAUAUCGACUGGGAACGCGGCGCGGAGGUCUUUGAAGAAUGGUUAAUCGACCACGAAGUAGCAUGUAACGUCGGGAACUGGCAAUGGUUGUCGUGUACUGCCUUCUACUCGCAAUACUACCGAUGCUACAGCCCCGUAGCUUUUGGACGAAAGUGGGACCCCGAAGGCGCAUUCGUGAAGAAGUAUGUGCCGGAGCUAGAGAACUUCGAUAAGAAAUAUGUAUACGAGCCUUGGAAGGCGCCGAUCGCGGAUCAGAAGAAGUGGGGGUGCUUGGUCAAGGGCGAUGGUGGUGGGGACGAGAGCGAGGCUACCAAAGAAGGGCUGAAGAAUUACCCGAAACCCAUGUUCGAUUUCGAUACGCAGCGUGAUAUAUGUAUCCAAGGCAUGAAAAAUGCGUAUCGAGUCGGUUUAUAUGGUAAUGAUAAGAGAGUGCUGGACGGGACCUGGCGAACGCUCUUUGAUGACGAUGCCGAGGGCCCUACGACGGGAAACGAUGGAAUUCCUGGAGCACAGGUCGAUGGAGCUAAAGAGAAAGAUGUAGAUGAGGGAGAAGAUGCAGGAGACUUCGAAUCUGAUAGCAAGACUGCGCAGAAAGCAAAGAAGCCGGAACAUCAGAAACCAAAGUCGGCUCGUAAACGCGAGGCCGGCCAAUCGACAUUAGAUGGUAUGGUGACACGGAAAAAGAAGAAAGAUCAAGCAUAG